GCUGCAGACUUUUUGAUGCAGCCUUGAGCUGGCGGCGGGUGACGAAGGAUUCCACAACCCAUUCCGCUGGACUGUGCUUUGCCACCCUUAUCCUCAAUUGAAAAUAUUGUGUUCAAAUAAAAGGAUUCAAUGGCCAUUGAUAUCCAUGGGGAUAGAUGGUGGUGAAAUUGACUAGUCUGUCUUUGUUGAGGGAAUGUUUCUGGAAGUUGAUAUCGCAACGAUGGUGUGUCAGACGUUCAGAAGUUUACAAAGAGGCGAUUUCAGUGCUCCUUUGCUUGCUGUGACGGUGCUUGGGGUUCUGUUCGCAGGGAUGCAAGAAACCACAGCAUUUCCCACCUGGAGAAUAGAGGAAGAAGCUCACACCUCCGGUGUGUUGAUUAUUGGGAUUCGCAAAGAUGCCCACUCACAGGUUCUCCACCUCUCCAGGAACAAGCGCUACACCUUCACCCCUGAGAAACUAAAAUGGGACAAGUUCAAGCUCACAUACAAGCUGCUCUCUUUCCCAAGGAACCUGAUGAAUGCCAGUGACACGCGCCGGGGCAUCGCCAAAGCCUUCACUAUGUGGAGUGACGUCUCACCCUUCAGCUUUAGAGAGCUUCCCGCUGACCAGGAGGCAGACAUCAAGAUAGGCUUCUACCCCAUCAACCAUACAGACUGUCUGCAGUCCUACUUGCACCACUGUUUUGACGGCAUUACCGGCGAACUGGCCCACGCCUUCUUCCCCCCGACGGGGGAGAUACACUUUGACGACCAUGAGUAUUGGAUUCUGGGAAACAUGCGCUUCAGCUGGAAAAAAGGGGUGUGGCUGACAGACUUGGUCCAUGUAGCGGCUCACGAGAUUGGCCACAUCCUGGGCCUCAUGCACUCCCUGAACCCUAAAGCCAUCAUGCAUCUGAACGCAACUCUGACGGGGCGCAAGCUCAUCACACAGGACGAGGUGUGGGGCUUGCACCGACUCUACGGCUGUUUGGAUAGAUUAUUUAUCUGUCCAGCCUGGGCGAGGAAAGGCUAUUGCGACAGCAAGCGCAAGCUCAUGCAGAAGCACUGCCCCUCCAGCUGUGAUUUCUGUUACGAGUUCCCCUUUCCCACCGUGGCCCCCACCCCCACCCCCCAACGGACCAAACACAAGCUGGUGGCUGAGGGGAAGAAGCUCACCUUCCGAUGUGGGAAGAAAAUUGCAGCUAAGAAAGGCAAAGUAUACUGGUACAAGGACGGAGAGCUUCUGGAGUACUCCCACCCUGGCUAUCUCUCCUUAAAGGACGACCACAUCAGUAUUGUGGCCAAUGCUAUCAACGAGGGCACAUACACCUGCAUUGUGAGGAAAAAGAACAAGGUCCUCACCAACUACUCCUGGAGGGUACGUGUGCGCUUCUGAGGGCGAUGCCACCCUCUGCACACAGAAGCACUGGGUAUUAGCACAGACACAAGACCAUAGAAAAAUAAUUCCUAGAAAACGCAAAGCCCCUCAGACCACUGCAAUUUCACUGCACCCUCUUGGGUACACUCAAAAUGGCCACCAGUCCACCUAUUGACUUGAAUGUGGAUGUCCGUUCUAGGAAUUAUAUUUCCAUGCACACGUUCACUCACACAAACAUUGCUUGGUCAAACUGGGACUUCACUCACUUGGGCACAUAUUUUUAUGUAUGUACGUUCUAUUUCUAAACAAUCAUGUUUUAUGUCUUUUUUUUGUCAUGCAUUUUCAUAUGUACACAAUAAACACUUCUGUGAUAA